AUGGCAUCCCAUAACGCCCUCGACAGCCCCGACUCUUAUGCGAUCGCCUGGAUCGCUGCUCUUCCUAUGGAGCGAGCCGCUGCAGAAGCGAUGCUCGAUGAGAAACAUGCAGCUCCAAUUGGGUUUAUUCGACAUCAAGCCGACGCAAACAUUUAUACGUGGGGUCGCCUGGGAGAGCACAACGUCGUCAUUGCCUCUUUGGCCCCCGGAGUCUACGGAAUCACCUCGGCUGCGACCAUGGCCUCAAGCCUGCUUGCCUCUCUGCCAUCCAUCCGUGUUGGUCUUUUGGUGGGCAUAGGCGGCGGCAUCGCUCGACCGGACGAGGACCACGAUAUCCGACUAGGGGACGUUGUUGUGAGCCAGCCCUGUGGGACCGCGGGCGGUGUCUGUCAGUAUGACUUGAUCAAAGCAAAGUCUGGUGAUAAGCGUGAGCGCAAAGGCUUCCUCGGGCGGCCUCCGACGGUCCUCCUCAAUGCGCUUACCAGCAUUCAGGCAGAUCACGAGCGGAAAGACUCCAAGGUUACCUACUUCCUUCAAAAGAUGCUGGAGGAAAACCCGAAGAUGGGCAAGAAAUCCAAGAAAUCUCCUGGCUAUUUUCACCAGGGCUUCGACAACGAUCGCCUGUUCAAAGCUCUAUGCGACCACGUCCCUGGCCCGGACUGCCGGGGCUGUGAUACGGCUAAUGAGGUUCAACGCGAUCCUCGUGACACUACCGAGCCCGAUAUCCACUAUGGGACCAUUGCAUCCGGCAACACACUCGUUAAAGACGCGGCUACGCGUGAUCGGAUUGUUGCUGACCUCGGUGAGGAUUGCAUCUGCUUUGAGAUGGAAGCGGCCGGCCUGAUGAACCACUUUCCCUGUCUUGUGAUCCGAGGGAUCUGUGAUUACGCUGAUUCUCACAAAAAUGAUCGAUGGCAACGCUACGCCUCGGCGACCGCCGCUACGUAUGCCAAGGAGUUUCUGGCGUACGUGCCGGCUGCAGAGGUCCAAGAAACUAAGAGGGCACUAGAAGUGCUUCAAAUGGUUCAACAACAGAUUGAUGGCGUGCAGCAGACGACAAUUGCAACGAAAGCUACAACUGAUUCCAUCAGGUCUGACCUUCGUACCGGUAAGAUGAGGCGCUGGCUUUGUCCUCCAGAUUCGUCUACGAAUGCCAACCACGCGAGGACGCUCCGCCAUGAGGGGACAGGCACGUGGCUCCUGGAAACCCCCGAUUUCCAGUCGUGGUGCUCGGGUUCGCGUCGAAAUUUAUGGCUGUAUGGGCUUGCAGGAUGUGGAAAAACGAUUCUCAGUGCGACUGUGCUUGAUCAUCUCGCGAAGAGAAACGAUGGAUUGAUCCUCAGCUUCUUCUUUGACUUUAGCGACACCGCAAAGCAGACCUUAGAUGGCAUGUUGCGGUCGCUUGCUUUUCAACUUUACCAGAGCGGGGCUGGCUCUGCCAUUCACCUUGACGCUUUAUUUCAAGCACACCAAAGUGGCAGCGAGCAGCCUGUGACAAAGGGGCUCUCAGAUACAGUUUCCAAGAUGCUCGAAGUCCAGAAGAGGGUCUUUAUCGUUCUGGACGCAUUGGACGAAUCAAAAACCAGAGAUGAUCUUCUCCUGUGGAUCAAGCACGUGAUUUUCAAGUCAGAGCUAUUCCAUGUCCAGCUGCUUUAUACUAGCCGACCUGAAUCUGAGUUUCUGCACGACCUUCCCCGUUUGGUAGGAGAGCAAAACUGCCUACCACUUGAUAAAAGGGCUGUCAACACCGACAUCCGGUCGUGGGUCACAGCACAACUUUCUCAACGGCGUGAUUUUACAGCGAAGCCCUUGUCCCAGGAUAUUAUCGAGGGGAUCCAGAAUAAGAUUGGCGACGGGGCCGACGGAAUGUUCAGGUGGGCUUUCUGUCAAUUGAACAGCCUAGCUCGAUGUCGUCACGAGGCAGCUAUGGAGGAGGCUCUCGCAUCUUUGCCGCUAGAUCUUAAUGAGACAUACCAGCGCAUGGUUGCGGAUAUACCGAAGAAACUAAAAACGGACGCGAUACGCCUCCUACAAUUCCUUGUGCACUGCAAGCGACCUCUCAAGCUGGCCGAGGCCAAAGAAGUAAUAGCGAUGCAAAUCAAAAACGGAUCGCAAGGGUUUGACAUCAAGCGUCGAUUAUUUUGCGAGGCAGAUGUUUUGGAUUACUGCCCCAGCUUAGUGACAGUCGUUCACGCCACCGAGAAAGAGCUACAUCUUGCUCACUUUUCCGUCAAAGAGUACCUUCUCCGACAGGACCAUUUCGAGAUCACGGCUGCCAGCGUUUCGAUCACGAGGGCGUGCUUGAAUUAUCUUACGGAUAUCAACGGUAACAACAGAAAGAUCAAGCAGGAUUAUCCGAUGGCAAGAUGUGCGGCCGAACUCUGGACAGGCCAUGCUACGUUAGCUCAAGCUUCCGAAGAUAUAGCUCGACUGACAGUCAGGUUCCUAGAAGAGGAAGCGACGUUCCAACGAUGGGUUCGUUUGUAUCAGGCUGACCGUUACUGGGACGAUAACCCUGGUCCACCGCGAGGUACUAGACUUUAUUAUGCUUGCGUCAUUGGGCUCGUAGGGCCUGCACGAGUUCUUCUUAGCAAGGGAGCGGACGUCAAUGAGCGGGGUGGCGACCACGGCAACGCUCUCCAGACCGCCUCGUUUGGAGGCCAUCAAGAAAUUGUCAAACUGCUCUUGGACCACGGAGCAGACAUCCACGCACAGGGCGGCGACUAUGGCAAUGCUCUCCAGGCCGCCUCGUUUAGAGGCCAUCAAGAAAUUGUCAAGCUGCUCUUGGAUAACGAAGCGAACGUCAAUGCGCAGGGCGGCAAGUAUGGCAACACACUCCAAGCCGCCUCGUAUUGCGGCCAUCAAGAUAUUGUCAGUCUACUCUUGGACAACGGAGCGGACGUUCAUGCGCAGGGCGGCGAGUACGGCAACGCACUCCAAGCCGCCUCGUAUUGCGGCCAUCAAGAUAUUGUCAGUCUACUCUUGGACAACGGAGCGGACGUUCAUGCGCAGGGCGGCGAGUACGGCAACGCACUCCAAGCCGCCUCGUAUUGCGGCCAUCAAGAUAUUGUCAGUCUACUCUUGGACAACGGAGCGGACGUUCAUGCGCAGGGCGGCGAGUACGGCAGCGCACUCCAAGCCGCCUCGUUGGGAGGCAAGCUAGAAAUUGUGAAAUUGUUCUUAGAUAAGGGAGCGGACGUCCACGCGCAGGGGGGCAAGUUUGGCAACGCACUCCAGGCCGCCUCGACAAGAGGCCAUCAAGAAAUUAUAAAUCUACUUUUGGAUUACGGAGCGGACGUCCAUGCGCAGGGCGGCUACUACGGCAACGCUCUCCAAGCCGCCUCGUAUUGCGGCCAUCAAGAUAUUGUCAGUCUACUCUUGGACAACGGAGCGGACGUCCAUGCACAAGGCGGCGCCUACGGCAACGCUCUCCAGGCCGCCUCGUUUGGAGGCUAUCAAGAAAAUGUCAAACUACUCUUGGAUAACGGAGCGAGCGUCAAUGCGCAGGGCGGUGACUUCGGCAACGCUCUCCAGGCCGCCUCGUAUCGCGGCUAUCAAGAGAUUGUCAAACUGCUCUUAGACCACGGAGCGGACAUCCACGCACAAGGCAGCGCCUAUGGCAACGCUCUCCAGGCCGCCUCGUUGGGAGGCCAGCUAGAGAUUGUCAAACUACUCCUAGACCACGGAGCGGACAUCCACGCACAAGGUGGCGCCUAUGGCAACGCUCUCCAGGCUGCCUCAUGGGAAGGCCAUCUAGAGAUCGUGAAUCUACUCUUGGACCACGGAGCGGACAUCCACGCACAAGGCAGCGCCUACGGCAACGCUCUCCAGGCCGCCUCGUUGGGAGGCGAGCUAGAGAUUGUCAAACUGCUCCUAGACCACGGAGCGGACAUCCACGCACAAGGCGGCGCCUAUGGCAACGCUCUCCAGGCCGCCUCGCAGGAAGGCCAUCAAGAGAUUGUGAAUCUACUCUUGGACAACGAAGCGGGCGUUCACGCUCAGGGCGGCGACUACGGCAACGCUUUUUCCAUGCUACGUGCCGAGCCAACGAAGACGUUUACACAAUGUUUGUAA